GGCGCCUCACCGCAUCCAAGGUGGCCCCGCGCGAGCAAGGGGGCACUGGGGACGCAAAAUCAGGGUACUGGGGAUUCAAACCAAGAUGUAUUAUUUUAAUAUUUUCGGGUCUUAUGCGCAAAAAAACAACCGAGGCACUUUAUCAUCUUCCCGAAGCGACACCCAACCAGGCACAGGGGAGGAGAUUUUCCUUAUCCUCCUGAUGCCGCUUCUAAUGCGUCUCUCCCCACCGGCGGCGGCGCCGUCGCCGCAGUACCGGCGAAGCCACGGAGGUUCUACCACGAGAUUAAACGCCGUACUCCCCGAGACCUCAGAGCGAAUGUUUCUUGUAGCUAGACAUGCCUCAUCGUCGACUGAUGCGGUGCGUCCUAGGAGCGACAACUUUGAUAUAGCUAAUGGACAUGGUCAUUUCCUUAUCAAGUCUACAUCUGAUCUUCAGGAAGCUGUAUCUUCUUGUUUCGGGAAAGCAUUGGUGACCAGCAGUGCUGUCAUGCUUGCGAUGCCACCCAGUUGCUUGGCAGAAGAAUGUGACCCGGGGUACUCUCUUCCUAACAUGCCGCUGCUGUUUGCGAUAGCCAUGGUUGGUGCUACUGUUGGAGGGCUCCUUGCGAGACAAAGGAAAGGGGAACUUAAAAAGCUUAAUGAUCAGCUACGUCAGAUAAAUGCUUCACUGAGAAGACAAGCCAAGAUCGAAUCUUAUGCUCCUGCUUUGAGCUAUGCACCGGCUGCUAGUAAGAUACCAGAAUCAGAAGUCAUUGUUGAUCCUCACAAACAGCGCCUGCUCGCAUAUCUGAGGACUGGGAAGAACUACCUGAGAAACCAAGCUCCAGACAAGGCAUUUUCCGAGUUUAAGGCAGCUCUUGAUCUUGCACAAUCUUUGGGUGAUCAUGUUGAAGAGAAGAAGGCGGCACGAGGAUUAGGUCCGUCAUUGUUUGGCAUGAAUUUCAUUUAUCAUUUGCUCGUACGCACAUUUGAAACUGAUUGUGCUUUGAUGCAUCUUUCGUUGCCUAGAGAGCUCAGCAGAAUUUGCGCCCUUCUGAACAUGCCAAUGGUAGUUUGAACAUGAUAAUGUAAAUACAAUUUCACCAUAACAAACUGAAUCGUAUAAACAGAGUAGCAGUACUAAUUGCAAGCAUUGUGGUGCCCAUUUUUAUACGAUUGAUACUACCAUUGAGAUGUUUGAGAAGUUCAUUA